UCCGUCUCAAUCAGGAAAAUCACUGCGCGAAAACCACGAUAUAACACAGCUUUUAUUUGUUUCUAUGAUCCGACAUUUUGAACACAUUAUCAAAUAAAAUAACCCCAUUAGAAAUUGCUUUAAAAAAAAUGAAAAAAAGAUAAACCACGUACGAGAGUUUGAGAAAUGUCUAAAAAAUAAUUGAUAGAUCUGGACGGUCUAGUGCUGAAGUAAAUCAUUAAAAUGAAUAACGGUAUGGAGGAAGGUGUCGAAGAAGACACGUUUAACGAGGAUAUUUCGUCGUCGUUGCCGCUCAUCCCCGAGGAACAAGAUGUUCAGGAUAUGAAGAGAAAAACUAGUAUUUUCAAGCUUUAUUCUCAAAAGCCUGGAGAAAAAAGUAUGCCGAGCGCGACGAAGAAAGGGGGACCACUUGUUGGUGCGAUAGACGUCGGCACGCGAACAGUACGAUUCUCGGUAUUCAACGCUAAGCACGUUGCGGAAGUCGCCUCACAUUCGAUUGACAUUGAACAACACACGCCACGAGAAGGUUGGGUCGAGCAAGAUCCCAAAGAAGUUUUAUUCGCGGUAAGAGCUUGCAUCAAAGAUGUAACUAAGAAAUUAGAAAUCUCUGGUCACAAAGUCAAAGAAAUUGUGACCAUUGGUAUGACGAAUCAACGCGAAACAACAGUUGCCUGGGACGCGCUCACUGGGGAGCCACUGUACAAAGCAAUCGUCUGGUCUGAUAUAAGAACGGUCGAAGUCGUCGAUCAAAUCAUAGCCAAAUUUCCUGAUCAAAACAAAAAUCAUUUGAAACCGCUUUGCGGUUUGCCAGUCAGCCCGUAUUUCUCAGCCCUCAAAAUACGAUGGAUGAGAGACAACGUUUUGGCUGUGAGAAAAGCCAUGAGAGAAAAACGAUGCAGAGUCGGCACCAUGGACACGUGGAUUAUUUGGAACUUGAGUGGCGGGGUGGAGGAUGGUCUUUACAUAACUGAUGUCACAAACGCAUCGAGAACGAUGCUCAUGAAUAUCGAAACUCUCAACUGGGAUCCAACUUUGUGCAGAUAUUUUGACAUUCCUAUGAAGUUACUGCCAGACAUAAAAAGCAGUUCAGAAAUAUAUGGAAAUAUCAGCGUCGGACCUCUGAAAGGCAUUCCCAUAUCUGGUAUUCUAGGCAAUCAACAAGCUGCACUUGUGGGCCAAAAUUGUUUGCAACAAGGUCAAGCGAAAAACACCUACAGAAGCGGAUGCUUCCUGUUGUGCAAUACAGGAACUACUAGAGUGUAUUCGUCUCACGGUCUCGUAACGACAGUUGCUUAUCAAUUAGGUCCAAAUAGUCCUGCUGUUUAUGCCUUGGAAGGCUCCGUCGCUGUGGCUGGGGCGGCUAUUAAAUGGCUUCGUGAUAACGUCAAACUAAUUAAGGACGUUCACGAGAGCGAGGAUCUUGCUCAAAGUGUAUUCAGCACCGGUGACGUUUAUUUUGUCCCCGCUUUCACCGGUCUCUAUGCUCCAUAUUGGAGAAAAGAUGCGAGAGGGAUAAUCUGUGGCUUGACCGCCUUCACGACGAAGCAGCAUAUCAUAAGAGCGUCUCUGGAGGCGGUUUGUUUCCAGACCCGAGAUAUUCUCGAGGCGAUGUACAAAGACUGUGGUUUUCCAUUAACAAAGCUCCAUACCGAUGGAAAAAUGUCAACGAAUAAUCUCCUCAUGCAACUGCAAGCUGAUCUUGUUGGUAUACCAGUAUUUAGAGCAAGUAUGCCGGACAUCACGACCUUGGGAGCAGCGAUGGCUGCUGGACAUGCUGAGGGAAUCGAUGUUUGGGAUCUCGACGGUGAAGAUGUCGAGACCGUACCGAACGACACGUUUUUACCGACCACGACGCCCGAAGGGAGAGAUGGAAGGUACAAAAAGUGGAAAAUGGCCGUACAGAGGAGCAUGGGAUGGGCUGAGGUGAAAAUGUCCGAUCGGAUGACAGACGAAAGAUACAGGGUGCUGGCCUCGAUACCAGCGAGUUGGUUCCUAAUGACGAGUUUUAUUCUCCUCCGAUUGAGUCAACACUUGCAAAACCGGUGACGAACCGACACCGAUUACGACAGCGUCGAAAAUAUUUAUCUAGACGACAGAUAGCAAAAUUUCUUCGAUAUUUUCAUGAUAUUAGGCACUCGAGGUGCGAAACGUCAGUUGAGAGCGUAUACAGUCGAAGCGCACGUUAAAUGCUCUCUCCAUUCGAAACGAGCCUGUCAAAUGUUUAUUCGGGCGAUAGACAAAUUUAAAAACAAUGCGAAAUUCAAUGCGUGACUGAUAUGCGCGUGUAAGACUUUGACGAAUCCUCUGAAUGUUUUCUCGCUUCAGUCAAAACCCUUGAUGAAAGUCUAAUUAAUACGCACAUUUGUCCCUCUUAUUUGCCGAUUGAAAAUUGGCUUUAAUUUUAAUGUUGACAUUUUUCCUUUAUCACGAAAAACCCUUACCUAGUAUUCGUCGUUGUUUGAUUAACUUCUAUUUAUGUUCAUUUACAUUUUGGUGUGUGAUUCACUAGCAUGAUUAAUUCAUUUUAUUUUUAAUGAAGUUUUAUUCGUCCGAGUGAAUUUUGCUCAAUAAUGAUUACUCUCUACCCAGUAAUCGAUAUUCUUUAUCAUCGAAAAUUAUUAGCAAGCGAAGAACGUAGCGAUUAUUCAAGAAUCCUUUCGUCUCAAAUCUCGAAUUAGCGCAAAGGAGCAAAUUAAGAAGAAAUCUUUUUGUUUACUCAAAUUACGUAUGGAAAAAUGACCGUCGCGAAAUUUUGUAAGACUAUGCGAAAAGCCUUCUAUUUUCAUUUAUGAAUUGAUGCGGCCAAAUUAUGAAUCUGAACAAACGAAUGAAACCUGUAUCCGACUGUGUGCGAAUGGAUUGUUUUCUUCUGUUUUGUUUGGACCGAAUGGCAGUAAAUUGAUUUACGAAUAUUUAUCACCCUUUCAAAAAAUCGGUUGAUGUUGGAAAAAGUUGACAAAAGAAUGUGUGGUUCGCGUCAUGCUACUGUCGUACGAAUAUUCCGCAACGUUUCGCGUUGCAAUAUUCUUUGUAACAAUGUGACACGUAUACGAAUCGAGAAUUUUUUCGAAAAUGUGUAAAAAACCGUACGAAGAAUUAAAACCGUCGACACAAAUGAGGGACGCAGAUUUACCUCUGAGAUUUAAUCAAGUCGACGAAAAUAAAGCGCUAUUUCAAAAUCAA